ACAAAACUGCAUUAUCAAGACAGUCAAGCAAUCAAUUUUGUUAAAAUAAUUUUCUCUCCUCAUUUGCUACAGCUGUUGAACAAUUCUCACAAUACACUUGUUUGAAAGAAGUGAAAGUGUAUGGACGUGUUGAUUUGGUUUAUUGGACUUUGAAGGUAGUACAACAAAAAUGUCUGGGAAAUCGACACCAGUGAAAUCAACUUCACAGCAACAGGGACUAGCGGUCAAAGGUUACCUUUUUGUAUACAAUGCAGCACAAGUGGUUGGUUGGAGUUACAUCCUCUUCCAGUUAGUGAAUUACUAUUUGCUGCAAGGACCUGAAUUCCGGGCUGGAUUGGAGCUUUGGGACUACACCCGUGUUGCAGUAAUCGUUUUCCAAAAUGCCGCAUUUGUUGAAAUAUUAAAUGCAGCCUUUGGAUUGGUAAAAUCAAAUCCAGUUAUAACAACAUUCCAAGUGCUAAGCCGAAUGAUAGUCGUCAUCGGAGUCGUUAUGGCUACACCAACGGGGAAAGUGUCACCUGGACUGCCGAUAGCUCUGUUUGCGUGGUCUGUAACUGAAAUCAUACGAUAUGGCUACUACGCUCUUAAUAUUUUAAAUUGUAUGCCAUACAUUGUGGUUUUUCUACGCUACACAACAUUUAUAGCGCUUUACCCAAUUGGUGUAACCGGUGAGCUGCUAUGUUUUUGGUGGGCACAAGGAUAUGCCAAAUCAAAUACCAUUUGGUCAUGGCAAAUGCCAAAUAAAUGGAAUGCCACAUUCUCAUAUUUCGCUUUGCUCUGGAUUGUGAUGCUCUUGUAUAUUCCAUUAUUCCCACAAAUGUAUCUACAUAUGUUUGCACAACGCAAGAAGAUUUUAGGUGGAAACGCCAGUAAAACCCAACAAGGGAAAAAAACUAAUUAAGUAAUAUGUAUGUAUAUUUAUCUUUUAUAUUAUUUUCUAUUUGAAUAUGUAUGUAUGUACAUAAAGCAAUAUAUUUUAACUACGCCUCUUGCAAAACA